AUUGAUUUUGUUGUGGAUGGCAGGAUAAUCCCGAUCCCAUUCCUCUUCUUGACAACUUUCUUCUCCACCGAAGACCUCAUCAACGCUGUUUUCCAUUCAGAGAUUCWGAAGCACGGACCGCCGAGGAUGGUCGAAGGAAAUCCCAAAAAAACGCGAAACGCAGAUCAAGUUUGUAACAGACUCCUACGCAUGGAACUGCGGGAAUUGGAUUGGUUGAAUGAGCUCUAACAGUCGAAUUGCUUUGUGGUUUUUGUGUACAGAGAGCUGAUUUGUUCUCUUAAGAACAGCUCUGUUUGAGUGCGGUCUUUUUGCAUUCAAGCAUAACAAAAUUGAACUGAGAAACACUUCACUGAACUCCAAACGAAUGUUAUCCGUUCAUGAGUGAAGCGUCGUAUCUAAGCGUCUUUGGCUGGAUUCAUUUAGCUGCAUAAAUUUCUCCUAUUGUAGACUCUCGYAAUAUUAGGCAAACUCCUUGGCGAGUUUUUGGCCAGGACUCAAUAUGCCCUUUUUCAAAAAGAAAGAAGAUGAAGCUGGCGAAGAUCAAGAAAGUAUGCUGGACAGUAAGAAAUCUAAAUCGCAAGGAAUUAAGUCCAAAUUGCAUCCUAACAAACUAAAAAAGUCGAUCAAAAACAUCGACGCUUCUAAACAUGUUGACAAACUUAAAGGCAGUAUGAAAUGGAUUUCUUGGGUUACCAAGAAAGUACGCCAGCGUGGAGCAGCUUUUCCUCUGUUUAUGGUGGCUAUCAACACGUUGUAUCUAGUACUCGGGGGAUUGAUCUUCAUGGCAAUUGAGAAGACACCAAAAGUUGAAUACAGCACAUCAGAGGAACUUGUAAAUAUUUUCGAUAUUCUAAAGAAUUCAAGUGUUGGAUACCGAACGCUGCCUAUUUUUACCAGUGGCAAAGACGUAAUAAAKAACUUCACAGCGUCUGAUAUAGAUGAAUUUGAUAAAAUACUUAAUCAAAUUACCAACGAACGAAACGAUGCGUCAAAACCAGAGUGGACGGUUCUYAACUCGAUAUUCUUCUGUUUGACUGUUACAACUACCAUAGGAUAUGGAACACUAGCACCUGUCACGUUCGCUGGUCGAUUGGUUUGUGUGGUGUAUGCACUACUAGGAAUACCGCUGACUUUGGCGUUACUGGCCGUAGUCGGUAAAGUGGUCGGUGACUACAUUAACCACAUCUGCUCGUUAUUUAUGAAGUGGUUUAAACGUUUGUAUCCCCAAUACGAAUAUGAAAGCAAGAAUACAGGAGGUGACGAUGGAGAGGUUGAUGCACCGUUAUGGCUGGCUCUAUUUAUCUUAUUUGCGUUYACUGCUCUAACGGGCGCGUUACAUUGUUGGAUGGAAGGAUGGGAUUUCGGUACUGCCUUUUAUUUUCAGUAUGUUACAUAUCUUACAAUAGGUUUUGGAGACGUUGUGCCAACUGAAGAAAGGUUUGUGUUCGUGAAUAUCUUCCUGACCUUCUUUGGCUUGGCAGUGCUCUCCGUAACGCUAAGUCUUAUCGCUUCAAAUAUCUCACAUCAAAUGCAGAAAGCGUCCUUUAUUGAGAAACUCAAAGAUCAAGAACUGAGUGAUGUUUCAGUYGCUUCUGAUGAUCUAGGGCCUGGUGAUGAACAGGCUAGUGACAAGCCAAGUGGAAUGGCGGGAAAUGAGGCAAAUGGCGGGAAAACAUACGGCAGCACGACACCAUAGAUAUACAYAAACACCUGUCAAUCAAAUUACACAAACCCAGCAUGAAUCAUGYAGUACCGGUCACUAAAGCACGAUGGGAUAUGUGAUAUCUUAUGCUAUUAUUGUGUUACUCCAAAUGCAUUUGGAAACGUAUAAAUAGGGUGAUCUGGGAUAAAAUCAAAAUAAGGAGCUUAUAUCAAUAUAAAUUACCAGUAUGGGAUUKACUACUCAGGGACCGCGGUUGUAGGAAGGGUUAAUAUCGCAAAUGACAGGAUAAAAUCCAUACCGUCACUUAUAGAGUGGGUAACUUAAUCCACCUUUUAUACCGACUGCCCCUGAACAUUUGAAAUGAUAAUGCGAAAAAACUCAGUUUUUUUAUUUUUUUAAUGUAAGUUUGAAAUCUAAGAGUUAUUUCUUUAGUAUAAAUAUCUGCCACAAAACGCUCAGAAAACAUAUAUACAAUCACGGCAAAAAAUAAAAAACUCUGAGCAAAACAUUAUUAACUUCAGAAUAAAUUUUAACUUGCGUUGCACUUUUUAUUCACUUCUUAACGGCGAGAWUUAACUUGUAGUAUAUUUUACUAGUCAUUGAUGCAUUAUUUGCCUGAAAUAGUUUCAAAAUAAUCAACCAUCAAGGUUUAYAAAAGUAAAUAGCUUAUAUAUUAGAAUUUGUAAAAAUAAGGGUCAGUUUAGGGAGAGUAUGUGAAUAGUACAAUCGAUAAUAAUUAAUAGUUUCGUGUUGAACCUUCGUCAGUAACACUAACCACUUUACAAUGAAAGUCAUAAUUUUACAAUAAACAUCGAUUACAAAAAGUUGACUAAUAUUUUAUGAGUUCAUCGAUUCUUACUUCAAUCCAGACCGUUCUAUGAACGCCUUAAUAGUUCAUGCCAUCAUAAUCGCUCUUGUUUCUUUGUACAUAUUUUGUUGUUGUUAUUAUUUUGCUCGGUGAUGCCGAUUGUUGUUUGUUUUCUUUAUUGUUUCUGUAGAUAUGGUGUUUUCAUUUUGCCGUUUAUAUUUGUUGUUCAACUUAAAAGUGUCCCAGGGCUACUUGUUGGAAGAGGAAGAAGGCCGGCCCGACAUUUCGUUGACUUCUCGUGAAUCGCAAAUAGAAAAGCCGGGCUAUUUUUGUAUGUCAGAAUGCUUUGAUGUAAUCCAGGAUGUUUCAGUUUAUAGGAAAAUCCAACCUUGCCAUUGGUAUUGUAACGCUAUUUCAAGCGUUGCUCAUGCUGAAUCCUUUUUCGAUGAGGAACUUGAUAAUCUUUUAGAGAAAAUCUUUGUCUUUGGCUUCCUUUGUUC